AUGUUUAAAUUUAAGAAAAUUAUUUUUAGUUACCUAUCUAUUUUAAUUUUUAAAAUCCUUAUUACUACUUUUUCUUGGGGUUUAAAUGAAAAACAUAAUGAUCUAACUUAUAGUUCAUUAGUGUUUGUUGCUCUAGAUAUAUUAAUGAACACUAUAAAAAUGUUUCCGAAAAAAAAAAAAGAAAGUGGAAUAAUAGUGUUUGUUCAUUUAAUUUAUGAAUCUUCGCAUAUUUUAUACAAUAUUUAUAUGGUAUGUUUGGAAAAAAACUACUCAACGGAAAGGAUAAUGAGUGCUAUAACUCCGCUUCAAAGCAUUAUUCAUGAUUUAAUGAAAAUUAUUAUAAAGGAAAAAGAAAUUAAAAGUGAAAAUGAAAGAAUUUUAAUUAAAGAAAAUGAAAUACUAAAAAGUGAUCUUAGACAAUACCAAGAAUAUUUCCAGAAUAUUAAAAAUCAAAAAAUGUUAAUUGAUUUACCUGACCAAAACUCUUUGGAAAAGGUACAAUUUUAUGAAAAUCAAGAUGAUUUUAAUAACAGAUUCAUAAAAAAAAACUAUUAA